AUGGAUCUUCCAGUUGUGGGUGAUUCAUACGAUGAUGAAAUGGUCUCCCACGAACGAGAGCAAAUGAGGAGUAUAUUGGAAGAGGCGAUUUUGGAAACGCGCAGCAUGCCUCUCGAAAAUCGACCGCGACUUCCCCGCAUACCCCUAAGCAAGCGAAAUCGGGCUGUCGUGAGGGCUCUUAACCCAAUGCUGGUAACCUAUUUUGGCGCCGCAGUGGCAGCUUGCCGUAUUAUUGGCGCCAAACUUCCCAUGGCUGGACGCGCUACUAAACAAAGUAGCGCCAUCCCAGCCUGGAGAAAAAGAAUUGAGGACCGUAUCACAAAGGCAAGGGCCCUUAUCGGCAGACUGACAACCAUCAGGUCGGGUAAUAAUAGACCGAGGGUUGUGCGCACCGUUAGAAUGGCGUUUGCUGGGACAAAUAUCAGUUUGUCCCAGCCGGAUAUCACGCAGAAACUAACGGAGCGCAUAGACUACCUGAAGCAAAAGAUUGCAGCUUGGGGGAAGCGGCUUCGCCGAUUUACCGAGAGGUCAAGGCGGUUCAACCAGAAUCGUCUCUUCCAGAGUGAUCUGAAGAGGCUUUACAAAUCAUUGGAGCGACCAGAGGUAUGUGGAGCGGGCCCAGGACCGGAUCAGGCUAACACUGUCGCAUUUUGGCGUGGCCUGUGGUCAGAACCCGUAAACCACAGCGAGGGCCCUUGGACGGAAGUUGUGGCGAGUCAGUGUGCGAGUAUUACGCCCAUGGACCCCGUCAUCAUAACGCCGGAUGACGUAGCUGAGGCGGUUCGUAGAGCACCGAACUGGAAAAGUCCGGGACUUGACGGACUGCAUCACUACUGGCUGAAGGGGUUCAUGAUGUCUUCCUAUCAGCUUUGGCGAGCUAAAAAGAUGAAUAACUUACUCAAUGAAAAUAAUGCAGAAAAUACAUGUCAAAAUUUAUCACCUGAGAAAUCUCCUAACAAUGAAUUAUUAUUAUCAGAUGUUGAAAAUGUAGAAUUUGAAUAUCUUAAUAUUGACUUAUCUGACGCACUGGAAUUACGUACCUUACCUGAAAAUUGUCAAAUUGUGCCUAUAACUAAAGCAACAGAGGAACCCAUUGUUAUUGAAAUGACUGAACCUACCUUACUUGAGACUAUUAACUAUAGUAGCAUUACCCCGUCCACAUCUGUUACUAGCCAUAAUAAUAUAGACAAAGAAAUCAAUAAUGACAGAGUUUCGAUUUCUCCGAACCUGUCAUUUGCUGAGAGUAACGUUCUAGGCGUUCAAGACUUAAGUCAUGAAAUUGGCAGUCAAAAUAUGGAUUUACAUGAAACCUAUGUUCAAGAUGGUGCGAAUAAUAUGGAAGAUGGAAGCGACCACGAAGGCUUAGUUCCUUAUGAUAUUCAUUCUGACUCUAUGUCUGAUAGCGAUUAUUAA